GCGGCUCAAUAAGCACAACCAUGGUCUUAUCAAUUAAGCCUCCUUUUAGGAGAUUAUUUACAGCAGCAACCGUUGCUUGCACUGAAUACGGAGACCUCGUGGUUUCAGAGACAAUACCUACCCACUUAACCCAGAAACCCCAUUUUGUUAAUCAUGUAAAUAUGCUUGAAGUCAAUGCCCAAUUGAAACAGCUAGUGAAAACCGGUCGUCUGACUGAUGCUCGCAACAUGUUCGAUGAAUUGCCUUACAGGGAUGAGAUUACAUGGACCAAUAUGAUUUCAGGCUAUGUCAACGCCUCUGAUUCCUCUGAAGCGUUGGCUUUGUUCUCAAAUUUGUGGGUUCAGCCUGGACUUAGGACGGACCACUUCACACUCAGUCUUGCACUCAAGGCUUGUGCGCUAAAUAUGAACUUGUACUAUGGAAAAUUAUUGCAUGGGUAUUCAGUAAAGUCCGGUCUUGUGAAUUCGGUUUUUGUGGGCAGUGCACUUCUUGACAUGUACACCAAGAUUGGUAAAAUCGAUCAAGGUAGUAGAGUCUUCGAUGAGAUGCCAAUAAGGAAUGUGGUAUCCUGGACUGCCAUUAUAACCGGGCUUGUUCGAGCUGGUUAUAAUAAGGAGGGACUGGAUUACUUUUCUGAAAUGCAGAGGUCAAAGGUGGAGUAUGACGCGUAUUCAUUUGCCAUUGCAUUGAAGGCAUGUGCGGAUGCUGGUGCUCUGAAUUAUGGGAGGGUGAUCCACGCAAAAACAAUGAAAAGCGGGUUCAAUGAGAGCUCGUUUGUGGCUAAUACUCUUUCUAACAUGUACAACAAAUGUGGAAAGUUAGACUAUGGCAUGCGCUUGUUUGAGAAGAUGAGGACACAGGACGUGGUUUCGUGGACAACAAUCAUAACAACAUAUGUCCAGAUGGGCCAGGAAGAGCACACAAUUGAAGCAUUUAUGAAAAUGAAGGAAUCAGAUGUGAGUCCCAAUGAGUACACUUUUGCAGCUGUUAUCUCCGGUGCUGCCAAUCUUGCGAGAAUUGAAUGGGGUGAACAAUUACAUGCCCAUGUUUUACGUAUAGGUCUUGUUGAUUUUUUGUCAGUGGCAAAUUCCAUCAUGACCAUGUAUUCAAAAUGCGGGCAGUUGGCAUCAGCUUCAUUGGUAUUUCAUGGCAUGAACAGAAGAGAUAUUAUUUCAUGGAGUACCAUAAUUGCAGCGUAUUCUCAAGGAGGUUAUGGGGAAGAAGCCUUUGAAUAUCUUUCAUGGAUGAGAAGGGAAGGACCAAAACCAAAUGAGUUUGCUUUUGCCAGUGUCCUGAGUGUAUGUGGAAGUAUGGCAAUUCUUGAGCAAGGGAAGCAACUGCACGCUCAUGUCUUGUCCGUUGGGUUAGAGCGUACAACUAUGAUACAAAGUGCUCUAAUUAAUUUGUAUUCUAAAUGUGGGAGUAUAAAAGAAGCUUCAAAAAUCUUUGAUGUGACGGAAAAUGACGAUAUUGUGUCAUGGACUGCCAUGAUUAAUGGUUAUGCUGAACAUGGGUGCAGCGAAGAAGCCAUUGAUUUGUUUGAGAAGAUUCCCACAGUAGGUUUAAAACCAGACUCUGUGGCCUUCAUAGGUGUUCUUACUGCUUGUAGCCAUGCUGGACUUGUUGAUCUUGGCUUCCACUACUUCAAUUUGAUGAGUAACGAGUACCAGAUAAAUCCUUCAAAAGAACACUAUGGCUGCAUGAUUGAUCUCCUCUGCCGAGCUGGACGAUUAAGUGAUGCAGUGAGCAUGAUCAAAAGCAUGCCAUUUCAACGGGAUGAUGUUGUUUGGUCUACUCUGCUUAGAGCAUGUAGGGUACAUGGAGAUGUUGACGGCGGAAGACGUGCUGCAGAGGAGAUUCUUAAAUUAGAUCCAAAUUGUGCAGGGGCUCAUAUUACUCUGGCUAACAUUUAUGCCUCCAAAGGGAGAUUUAGGGAAGCAGCAAAUGUAAGGAAGAUGAUGAAAUCAAAAGGGGUGAUUAAGGAGCCAGGAUGGUCUUGGAUCGAGGUCAAUGAUCAGGUUUGUGCAUUUUUUGCUGGGGAUCGAUCUCAUCCACAAGGUGAAGAUAUAUUCUGCAUGUUGGACUUACUAGCUUCAAGGACAGAAAUUGCAAUUCAGGAAGUGGGUUCUCUUUCGAAUGAUGUGGAAGAUUAGCGGAAGGCAGACACAUGCUUUUAUUCCUUUACAGAAUUAAGGUAAUCUCUCCAUUGAUGCAGUUGCUUAUUCAAGAGCUGCAGGUCACAAACAAUAGCAAGGAACCAUUUUUCAGUCAGAAGCCUAUAUUUGUGUCAAAAAAAAUUAUUGUUGACCAUGGAUGAGAUUGAGGUGAGCUACAUGUGUAUUUGGUUAUAAGAGAGUUCAUGAAAAGCCGCUUGUGUCUUGACAGAAUCUACAAAAAUGGCUUCUUCGGCUGCAGCUCCAAAAUUAUGAUUAAUAUGCAAAACUGGACCCCAUGCCUCAUUGAAUGGGACACAGGAUUUAUGCUGUGAAAGUGAGCCUUAACAUUGUUCACUCUUUACUCCAGAGGACGAACAAUCAUCCAUUACUGUCUGCAUGGAGGAUUUAGAACGGUGGGAGUCAAACAUGUUGGCUUGUUAAGACUGAGCUCUCUUUUGUUGCUUUGUGGGUAAUAGACUUAUUUGAUACAGAAACUCUGGACUUGUUGGAAAUGCAUCUUAAGUAAUCCUGAUAUUUUGGAAGAGGUCAAAGAAGAGAAAAGGAGCUCAAAUAGUAUGACGGUCACAAAGAUGUAGGAGUUCGAAAAAUGCAGCAACGCUCAUGGAAGAGGGUUUGAUCGUUACCCUUGCUCUUUUGUUGUAAUAAUUCAGUCUACGGUUACUUAACCCGAGAGAGAGAGAGAGAGAGAGAGAGAGAGAGAGAGAGAGAGAGAGAGGGAGGGACGAGACGGUAAUGGACCUAAUUUCAGUCGAUGCUUUUGUAAGGAGUGACAACAGUUUUCAAAGAAAGGUGGAAUCAAUACAAGGAAAUUAGUUAUUGGCUGAGUUCUUGAAGAAGAUCCAAGUUCUCACUAAUUUUAAUUCUUUUCAAGUUCUCACGAGACCACCCCAUGGCCAUUUGGGGGUGGCUGAUCUUCCCAUCCCAAAUGGCCGAUCAAAGGGAAUUUUUGCCACCCCCAAUUGGCCAAAGUGGGUGGCUUGACUAUCCCAGCGUUUUUCUGUUUCUUUUUGUUAUUUUGUUAUUUUUUUUUUUCUCUUUUG